AAAUAAAAAGAUGAUAAAACCCAAAACCCUACUGGCUCUUCUAAAAUCUCUGCACUCCCUCAGCUCUCAAGUCUCAACCCAACCUUCCCUAUUUCUUUCUUUCUUCUUCUUCACUUCGUCUCUCCCUCUCGCUCAUUUCCUGCCCACUAAUAUGUUUAAUAUGGCUCGAGUUUUCGGCACUUGGGAAUUUGAAUUAAGGUAAUCACUUAGAAGGCUACGAGAACUUGGUCGAAAUGAAGAGGAAAUCGUCACUUCAGCUUCAAGCUCUCGAGAGCUUCUAUGAAGAGGAGAAAUAUCCUACCCAGAGACAGAUGGAAGGCUAUGCUGCAGCUUUAGGAUUAACUUUGAAGGAGGUCAAGGGAUGGUUUGUUGAGAGGAGAAGAAGGGAUAAAAGGGAUUAUGGAAUUAUGUUACCUAUCCAUUCUAUGAAAAAACUCCAUGCUCCUAAUGGAAGGAAUGUUGGAGGUGUUUCUGCUGGUAGAAAGAACCCUAAAGGACAGGGCUCUUUGUUUCAUAAUAGGUCAAACACUGGUGCUGCAUUAUGUUCAAGAUAUAAAAGUGCAUUUUCAACAGCUAACAAGAGAAAGAAGAAAAUGCUUCUUCUGCAGGAUUUGUCAUCUCCUCAGUACAUUCUGAAGAAGGUAUUUCGCAAGGAUGGUCCUCCACUUGGUGUGGAAUUUGACUCUCUUCCUUCUCAAGCCUUUUGCCACUGCAAAGGUUCUAAAAAUUCUCAUCCUGCUGAUCAAGAGGACCAAAGAGCAACCAGAAGGAGAACGGUUUCUGAGCUUACCACCAUAGAUUAUCAGAACAACUGUAAUGAGAGUGCCCCAGUGAAGAAGCAUGGUAUUGGAAAAGGUUUGAUGACAGUUUGGAGGGUUGUAAACCCUGAGGGUGGAGAUAUUCCUACUGGUGUUGAUUUUUCUAAUAAACAAAUCAUUGCUCCUCCCCAAACAUCAAGUCCUGUAGUGCGAAAGCCACCAGCUCGGAACAAAAGACGGCAACCAUUAGUAUCUUUAAUGAAACAGAGAAGCUUGGAAAAGAAGUUACAGGAAAAGAAGAGGCCUUCAAUUAAAAGGAGAGAGAUGAAAUCUAACAAAGAUGACAGUAAUAGGCAGUUGCACAAAGAAAAAUGUGAACUUGCUUUAGAAGGAAGUACAUCCAAUAAAAGUCUUGAUCAGCUUUUAAUGCUAGUUGAUGAUGAAGAGUUGGAGCUGAGGGAGUUACAAGCCGGACCAAAUCCAUUGACAUGCUCUGAUCAUCUUGGUACCAGUGGAGUGCUUGGUUGCUCCCUUUGUAAAGAUUUGCUGGCUAAGUUUCCACCUAGUUCAGUUAAGAUGAAGCAACCAUUCAGUAUGCAACCCUGGGAUUCAUCUCCAGACACUGUCAAAAAACUGUUUAAGGUUUUCCAUUUCUUGUAUACUUAUUCAGUAACACUUGACAUAUGCUCCUUCACACUUGAUGAGUUUGCUCAAGCAUUUCAUGAUAAGGAUUCAUUGCUACUUGGGAAAAUUCAUGUGGCCCUUCUACAGCUUCUUUUGUCGGAUGUCAAAUUGGAGCUGAGUGGUGUACUUUUGCCUCAUUUUAGCUUGUCUUGCAAGUUUCUUGCUCUUCUUCACUCGGUAGAGAACCAGGAAUUUGUGGUGGAGUUCUGGAAGACAUCCUUGAACCCACUGACAUGGACAGAAAUACUGCGUCAAGUUUUGGUUGCAGCUGGCUUUGGUUCAAAACAAGGUCUAUUGCGGAGGGAAGCCCUUAGCAAGGAAAUGAGCCUCAUGGCUAGGUAUGGCCUACGUCCUGGUAGUUUAAAGGGUGAGCUGUUUAGAAUUUUGUCAGAAAGAGGAAAUAAUGGGCUGAAAGUUUCAGACCUGGCAAAGUCUUUGCCGGUUACUGAAUUGAAUCUCACUAGCACGACUGAGGAACUCGAAGAAUUAAUAUGUUCAACUCUUUCAAGUGAUAUUACUUUAUUUGAAAAGAUAUCAUCAUCUGCAUACCGUCUUCGCAGCAAUUCUGUUGCAAAGGAAGGCAAUGACUUUCAUUCCGACACUGAGGACUCUGGAAGUGUUGAUGAUGACACUGAUGACAGUAGUGCAAGUAGCAGCAGUGAAGAUUCUGACUGUGACUUGGGAAAUUACUAUCAACGGAAACUCAAACAUAAAAAUUAUCGUAAAAGUAAAAAUAACAUGAUGACAGUCUACACUGAAAUUGAUGAAAGCCAUCCAGGAGAAGUGUGGUUGCUAGGACUUAUGGAAGGUGAAUAUUCAGACUUGAGCAUUGAAGAGAAGUUGAACGCAUUAGUGGCUUUGAUCGAUCUUCUUCGUGCUGGUUCCAGUGUCAGAAUGGAGAAUCCGAGUGAAGUCAUUGCUGAGUGUGUCCCCAACAUCCCUCACUAUGGUUCUGGAGCAAAAAUAAAGAGAUCAUCAAACCAACAUAAUUUUCCCAGGCCAUCUUGGGUCUAUGGUGGACCAAAGAAUGGUGUACAAGAAGCACAUACAUCAUCAGACUCUCACCCACUUGAUUCAUCAUCAAUUUUAAAGUUUUGUGAAAAGGAGAAAUGCCCUAGCAGUAGAAUGGAUGCAAAAGAAACUCAAACUGGAGUUGAUAUACACCCAAUGCAAUCCAUAUUUUUGGGCUCCGAUCGAAGGUACAACAGAUAUUGGCUCUUCUUGGGCCCUUGUAAUGCAUAUGACCCUGGCCAUAGGAGGAUUUAUUAUGAAUCCUCUGAAGAUGGUCAUUGGGAAGUUAUUGACACCGAAGAGGCAUUGCGUGCCCUGUUGGCAGUUUUGGAUGACAGGGGUAAACGUGAAGCUCUUCUUAUUGAAUCCUUAGAGAAGCGGGAAGCUUCCCUCUGUCAAGAAAUGUCAACUAGACAUUUAUAUGAUGCAGGGAUCAGGCGCAUGCCAUCCGAAUCACCUGAGCUGGAUUUAGUCAGAGAAGACAGUUCUUCUCCUGUUUCUGACGUUGACAACAACCUAAGCUUGACAAUAGCCAUGAAUGAAUCUUUGACCCCAUUUGGUGCUAUAGUUCUUGAAGCUGGAAAGAAGGGAGAAGAACAAAACCGAAAGUGGAGACGUCUUCAAGAAUUUGAUAUGUGGAUAUGGAAAUGUUUUUACUUGAAACUUAAUGCUGUAAAAUACAGCAAACGUUCUUAUCUUGAUUCACUUAACAGAUGUGAGAGUUGUCAUGAUUUGUACUGGAGAGAUGAGAAGCAUUGUAAGAUCUGCCAUACCACAUUUGAGCUUGAUUUUGAUCUAGAAGAAAGGUAUGCCAUUCAUGUGGCUAUGUGCAGAGAGAAAGGAGACAAUAGUAUGUUUCCAAAGUUCAAAGUCUUAUCAUCACAGCUGCAAUCACUGAAAGCUGCAGUCCAUGCAAUUGAGUCAGUUAUGCCUGAAGGUGCUUUAGUAGGUGCUUGGACAAAGUCUGCUCACAGGUUGUGGGUCAAACGGCUACGACGGACCUCAUCUUUGUCUGAGCUUUUGCAGGUUGUUGCUGAUUUUGUUGCAGCAAUUAAUGAGAAUUGGUUGAAUCAAUGCAAUACUGAUCAAGGGGGUUGUGCUGUUAUUGAAGAAAUCAUAGCAUUCUUUCCAACCAUUCCCCAAACAUCAUCUGCAGUUGCACUCUGGUUGGUGAAGUUGGAUGAGUUUAUUGCUCCAUAUUUGAGGAAAGUUCAUUCCAAAAAGGAACUGGAAAAUGGGACCAGAUGUUCAGAGAGAAGAGCUCCGAAAGAAUAAAGCCAGCCUCUGGUUGGAGCUUCUACAGGUGGGAAGCUCAUUUGCUUCUAUUCAAGGCAUUUGACUUUCGGGUGCUGUCUCCAUUGUCAUCCUAAUGCCUAACACCAAAUCACUCUUCCGGCUAUGGCUUGUCAUUUUGACUAUUCAAUAUUCAUCAUUGGAGCAUUUAUUUUGAUGCAUUCGAAGUUUGAUUUUGAAGGAUGAAGGCAGGAACAUCGUAUGAGAUUGUACAGAGCAGAGUUAUGACUAAAUAUUCAUUUUUGAAUGUUAUUGUACUCAGGGAAUCUGAGCUAUUUAGACAUUGUACAGUGCUAGAUACAUACAUAUGCAGGAAAAUCAAGUUUUUGGUACAAAACUGUGUACCGUGCUCCUCAGUCAGUUAAAUGAUUACUACCAUUAUUCCUUCAUUGUAGAAAAGGAAUGUUGUAGCUCCUUGUCAAACAGUAAUCUCAUUUCAUUGAUGUACACAGCUAACUUGUCAUUUUAAUAUGGCAAUGGCGGAAUAAAAUUUUACCAGCGUAUGCUGUAGUCUUCCUUCGCUAA